UGCAAACAGCUCUGUUAGUGGCAGUUUUUUAAUAGUUUUGAUAAUAUAAAUUAAAUAUUCUAUACAAACAAAAAACAUGUUUAAAGCAAAUUUUGGCCAAAUAAAAAAUAAACUUCAAGGUUGUGUAAAUUAUGCACAUCCAUAUGCAACAGCAGUUAAUCUGAAUAAAACACCAAAUACGGAAUGGCUGAGUGGCAAAAAAUUUGAGAGCAUACCUGGUCCCUCUAAAUAUCAAAUACUAAGAGCAUUUAUGCCAGGAGGGAAAUUUUAUAAAAAAUCCUUUAUAGAAUUCAAUCGCCAACUAAGAUCUCAGUAUGGAGACAUAUUUUUGGUGCCGGGACUUUUUGGCAAACGUGAUGUUCUUUUUACUUACAAUCCCAAAGAUUAUCAGCAAGUGUUUCGUACGGAAGGUAUAUAUCCCAUGCGCAGAGGAUUUGAUAUAAUACAAUAUCAUCGCAAAGAACUGAAAAAGGAUAUUUUCAAACAUGCUGUAGGCUUGGUGGCAGAACAAGGCGAAAACUGGUCUAAAUUUCGUUCUGCUGUCAAUCCAGUCAUGAUGAAUCCAAAAACUAUAAAAAUGUAUCUACCAAAAACCGAUCAAGUAGCCAUAAAAUUUGUUGAAUGUAUAAAACGCAUAAGAGAUCCAGCUACACAAGAAGUUCCGGAAAAUUUCGAAGAAUAUAUAAAAUAUUGGACUAUGGAUGCUGUGGGUCUGGUGGCUUUAGAUACCGACUUAAAUAUGCUGGAGAAUAGUGAGGCCCAUCCUAAAGCCAAAAUUAUAAUAGACAAUAUGGAAGAAUUCUUUCAACUACUUUUGGAAUUAGAUAUGCAACCUUCAAUGUGGAAGUUUAUAGCAACGCCGAAAUUUAAAAAGAUUAUUAACAUAUUGGAUAUAAUUAAUGAACUCUCAAUGACUUAUGUUCAGCAAGCUUUGGAAAGAUUGGAGAAGGAGGGCAGCAAUAAGCCAGAAAAUGAUAAAAGUAUUUUGGAAAGAUUGGCUAGCAAAGAUCCUUUAAUAGCUGCAACCAUGGCAAUGGAUAUAUUUAUAGCGGGAAUAGAUACGACAACCUCUGCUUUAACCGCCUGUCUGCUGGCAUUAGCUCAAAAUCCCCAACAACAAUUGAAACUAAGAGAGGAACUUUUAACGAUCUUGCCUCAAAAAAAUUCUGCUUUAAACCAAGAAAAUAUGAACAAUCUUCCCUUUUUAAGAGCUUGCAUAAAGGAAUCAUUGCGUUUAUAUCCCGUUGCUACCGGCAAUUUUCGCACUACUGGCCAAGAUGUUGUAUUGAGUGGUUAUCGUGUCCCCGCUGACACUGAUGUUUCCAUGACUGCCCAGUUACUGCUAAAAGAUCCGAAAUAUUUUCAACAGCCUGACAAGUUCUUGCCAGAACGUUGGCUACGUUCUCCAGCCUUAGCCGGAGCUGAAAAUGUUUGUCCUGCCAGCAAAGGAGAUCCUUUUGUUUAUCUGCCUUUUGGUUUUGGUCCUCGCAUUUGCAUAGGGAAACGUAUUGUGGAUUUGGAGUUGGAAACCGUAUUGGCCAGAUUGUUAAGAAAUUUUGAGAUAAAGUUUGAUUAUCCUACUGAAGACAUGUUUAAGACUAAUAUUAUCAAUAUACCGGCCAAACCGCUUAAAUUUAAGUUUUGUGAUUUGAAUAAUUAAAC